GGCCACAAGUCUCCUCUACUGGUUGGGUGUACUCUAGAUGCCGCAGCAACGAUAGCUUUUGCAUUUGUAAAACAAUUCCCUCUGCUGAUUCUGAUACGCAUGGUUCAGGGCCUGGGGUCAAGUGUCACAUAUGUUGCUGCCGUGACGUUACUUGCUGAAAGAUUCAAAGAUAAAAAGGAAAGGACAAAAGCGUUUGCAGUGGCAUUUGGAGGGUAUGCAGUUGGAAUGCUAGGAGGUUACUCCAUGGGCAGUGUGUUAUAUCAGCUAUUGGGCAGACUGGCGCCUUUUCUUUUACAGGGAGGUCUCAAAUGUUUUGACGCAGGGCUACGUUUGCUGGUUGUUUGCCCCACAGCGGAGGGUACUGAUGACGACAAUAAAUCAUUUACACUCUCGAGGUUUCUCAAUAUCAUACGAGACCCGUAUAUUAUCCAUGCCUUAGGUUUGGCCUUCGUCACUGAAUUUGCCUACUCCCCAAUAUUAGCAAUGGCGCCACCGUGGCUCUUACAGAGAGGAGCACAGGAGUGGCAAAUAGGUGUAUUAUUUUUGGUCUCAGGAGUGGCCCAGCUUAUAAUGCAAGAAGUUGUAAAGCGACUAUCAAGCAUAGUGGAUAAUUGGAUUUUAGCUGCAUCAGGACUGCUCUUAUCUGUAACUGCGUAUAUUUCGUACCCAUGGACGAGGAGUGUUUGGGAAGCUCUGGCACCAAACUGUAUCUUGUGUGCUGGAUUUGCCUUUGUGAUGACAGUCGUGUCGCCCAUAGUAACCAACCUCGUGGAACUACGUCACAACUCCGAGAUAGCGCAGGUGCUCGGACUUUCCAGCGCCAUGUUGUCUCUGGGGUUCGCUGUGGGUACGUCAGGUACUGGUGCACUAAUGGCCGCUACGACGUUUGAAUGGGGGUGUUACAUGGUUGCCUUCGUGUGCAUCAUAUUCGCAUGUUUGUGUCUGAUAAUGGUUUUUCAUCCAGUACCAGCGAAUUGUACGGAAGAAAAAUCUGCUGAUGAAGCGUACGAAAGAUGUCCUUCCGACGAAGAAUAAAUGGAUUUAAAAAAACUUUAGUGCUCCGAUAAAAUUUCGUUUUUUUAAUAUCAUUUACUGUGAUUAUCACUUAAUCACAUUUGCUUUAUUAUAUGAAAUCUACAAAGUGAUCUCA